GUGACAUGUCUCUUGCUGCCUGACCGGCUGAGUUACACGAUGACCACCAUGCAGGUUUGCCACUCAGGACUGUGUCUGUCCGUCUACGUCAUCACCUUCCUUCUGGGCUUCCCGUCCAACAUCCUGGCCCUCUACACUUUCUCCAAGAAAAUCAAGCACAAGCCCACCCCGAUCGACAUUCUCCUCCUCAACCUGACCAUAUCGGACCUCCUCUUCCUCCUCUUUUUGCCCUUUAAAAUGCACGAGGCGUCCAACAACAUGCACUGGGCGCUGCCGUAUGCCCUCUGUCCUCUGUCUGGCUUCAUCUUCUUCAUGACCAUUUAUAACAGCACCUUCUUCUUGACUGCCAUCAGCGUGGAGCGCUACCUGGGCGUGGCUUUUCCCAUCCAGCACACCCUCAAACGCCGACCACUGUACGCCAUCGCCGCGAGCGUCUUCUUCUGGAUUUUCUCCGUCAGCCAGCUCAGCAUUGUUUUCAUCAUUCCCUUCGUUGGCGGCGAACAAGCUGAGAUCAACUCGAAUGCCUCCUCAGCCCACCACAACAGCAGCGCUGCUGGUGCCACGGAAAGAACAGUGUGUUACGAGAACUUCACUGACACGCAGCUGCAUAUCCUCCUGCCUGUUCGGCUGGAGCUCUGCAUCGUCCUCUUUUUCAUCCCCUUUCUCAUCUCAAGUUUCUGCUACAUCAACUUCAUCAGGAUUCUGUCAAAGCUGCACCACAUAGACAGACGGAGGAAGCUGCGAGCUAUCGGCAUGGCCUUAGGGACUCUGCUGGUCUUCGCCGUUUGCUUCGGCCCCUAUAACAUCUCACACAUCGUGGGUUUUGUGACUAAGAAAAGCCCUCACUGGCGGGACACCGCUCUCCUCCUCAGCACCUUCAACACCUGUCUGGACCCCUUGAUUUUCUACUUUUCCUCCUCGGCAAUGAGAGGCAACGUGGGGAGCGUGGUGCAAGGGAUUAGGAGUCGGCUCAACAGGUGCUUGCCGCGUCACGUUUGCUGGGACUCGAAGAAGAAUAUUAACAAGACGGCGAGAGAUAAGGAACACAAACAAGAGACGAUCAAUGAACUGAGCUGAGCCUGCUUAAGCUGCGAAUUUGUUCCUCGUCCUGGAAGCAGGAAAUUACCGUCAUGUUUUGGCUUUGCCACGUGAGGGGAACGCUUGACAUUUCCAGUCCUCGCUUUCCCUCAGACAGACAAGGACACAACCAUCCAGUGGGAUUUGCUGAAAUGCAAAAACCUACUGGUCAGAAUCAAGUGACCUCAAUAAAUGUAAAUACAAAACAAGACAAAUGUGAACUUUUCAUAGAAUGCAGUACUUUUUGUCUAUAUGUAUAUGCACUAAUGUGAUGGAAAUACUGUCUUACGACUACAGGAACUGCAGUUUUAAUUUGAAUUACCAUUUACAGUGGAAUGCCCACCGGAUCAGGGAAUCAUGUCAAAGCACAUUGUGUCGAUAAACAAGAUGCCGACGGCCACAAAAGCUAUUCUCACACUUGCCCUGCCUGAAUAUAAACAAUGUCGAAAAGUAUGUUGUCCUUUUGCAGCUAGAAAGACUUCUGGAUGAAGCGGAAACAGAAAGAAGGUAUUGGUUUCUUUGGUCAAUACUUCCACUUCCUGUUACAGAACCAGGAUGUCCGUACAAAUAUACAAAAAUGUAUCACAUGGCGACAUUUAUUACAAUGUAGUUACACUUGUAAAUAAA